AUGGCACAAGAAGACUCCUUGCGAGACAUGCCAAUUCUCAAGCUUCGCAGAAGGUGUAAGCAACCAGCCGCCGUCGUGCUCCAGGUGCCCCUGUUGCCGCAGACCGCUGCAAGACAAGGGCUGCCUGUCCAGGAGAUGCAGAAAAGGUUGGCUUCCGGCGAAGGGCAGAAAGCUCUGCAACAGUUCUUCAUGUUCUUGCAGCAGAAGCAACCCGCGAUCGCGGAAGGUCCUAAAAUCAAGGCAGAGGUGCUGAAGGUUGCGUUGGGGCGCAUGGUGAGUGGCGACUUCGCCGAUGUGGUGGAAAUUUGCACGUGCAGAACAGUGGACAAGCAAAUGGAUGAAAUCCUUACUCAGGCAAUGUCUUGCAGAGGGACCCUCACACUUUACCCCGGCAGCUUCCGCAGCUCUAUGAAACUCAUCCUCGGCUUCCUUGGAACAAGGUUCGCACACGACACAAAGAUUGUCGAUCUGCGAUUUCUUCCGAAUGAGAUGCUUGACAGUACGCUAUGUGGGGUCUUAUACAGCUUGCCAGCUUUGCAACGGGUGCAUGUGCGGCACGACACGCCGAGUGCACCUCGUUGA